AUGUCUUAAAACAUAAUAAGUUAUAAAUAAAAGCCUUUUUAAUAAUAAUAAUAAGCACAAGAGAAAUUCGAGUAUUUUUUUUAUUAAAAAAAAAAAUAUUAAUUUUUUAUAAAAAAAAAAAGAGUUGAAUUAAAAUGUGUUACUUGGUCAAAAGAUUCUCAUGGAUUAUUUGACUAUGAAAGUAAAAGUGUGGAUAUAACUAAAUAUAGAUUAGAUACUACAUGUUCUAUAAUGCGUUUAACAAAAGACAUAUUUUGUGAUCCUUCCAAAUAUAAUUAUAUUAUAAAUUUCUAAAAACGAGAAAUUCGUACAUGUAGAAUAUGUUUAUCAGAAGAAGAAUAAUCUGAAGAAAACCCAUUUAUAAAUCCCUGUAGUUGUAAAGGAUCAUGUGAAUAUAUGCAUGUUUCAUGUAUUAAAUUAUGGAUAGAGAGUAAAGUCCAUAAAAAAGUUUUACCUAAUAUAACAUCAUAUAAAUGGAAAAAUUUAGAAUGUGAAGUUUGCAAAUUACCUUUACCGAAAUCUGUAUAUAUAAAUAAUAUAAAUAUGAAUCUUAUAGAUAUUGAAAGACCAGAAUAAAGUGAUUAACCUUAUUUAAUAAUGGAAUCUAUUUCUAGAGAAAAGCGUGUUUCUAAAGGAUUACAUAUUCUUCGUAAAACUCCUGAUGAUGAUUCUGUGAAAUUAUCUAAGAAUCUUACCGAAGCUCAAAAAUAAUACGAAGAACACUAAAAACAGUUAAAAAAUACACCAUAUCCACAACCUUUAUACGAUAUAAUAAAUGAUUUAGAUUACAAAGGUUGGAAUACCUUACAUUAUUGUAUUUAUUUCCAAAACGAAGAAAUACUUGAAUUUGUUUUACAAAAAUACUAACCGAAUAUCAAUAAUCCUACAGCGAAUGGUUGGCUACCUCUACAUUUAGCAAUUUUUACUUAAAAUUUGGAAAUCAUAAAAACAUUAACAGAAAAUAACGAUAUAUAAAUAAAUAAAUAAACAGAAAUUGGAUCUCCUUUACAUUUAGCUUGCGCUAAAGGCUAUUUAGAUAUAGUUAAAAUUUUAGUAUAAAAGGGGGCAGAUAUAAAGGAUCUUAAACCAUAAAAUAUACUCAUUUUUGGGGAUGGGCAUAUAAAACUUGCAGACUUCGGACUCUCAAAAAUGAAUGUAAAAGAAAGUUAAUCGGCUUUAACUUUAUGUGGGUCUCCUGCUUAUAUUGCUCCUGAACUAGUUUUGGGUAAAGGGGCUUUUAGGGCAUCUGAUGUAUAUGGUAUAGGGUGCGUUUUGUAUGAAAUGCUGUGUGGGAAGCCGCAUAUAUUUAACGAAAAUGGAAAUUUGUAUGAUAUAUAUGAACAGAUAUUGUAUAAACAAUUCACUUUACCGGAAUUUUUGAGUGAGGAAAUAAAAGAGGUAUUAUAAGGUUGUUUAGAAAAAGAUUAUAAAAAACGAAUUUGUAUUUAAAGCCUUAAAAAAAUGAAAGCUUUUGAAGAUUUAGACUGGGAAAAAGUUUUUUAGAAAAAAUAUUAACCGCCUUUAUUUGUUUUUGAAAACGGAUUUUUAGUUAAAAAAAAAAAAAUUAAUGAAGAUUUAGAUUGCGAUUUUUAAAAUUUUUAAAUUAAUAAUGUUGAAAACUGGAGUUUUUUAUGAGAAGGAAAAAAAAAAAAAAAAAUAUUUUUAAAUAAAUAUAUAUAUAUAAAUUAAUAUAUUUAUAUAUAAUAUAAUUAUCUAAAUUAAAUU